UGUGCGUCUAAGGCUUUUAUGUUAGUAGUGAUGUGGAGCUUUGCAAUAGUGGAAAUAUGACGAAAAGAAAUUUGUUUAUUAAUGUAGUAUUUCUACUUAUUGUAAUAAUAUUUAGUGCAAUAUCACCAUGUUUGUCUACUUUGUCGAACGAACGAUUAUGUUAUGACCAAGAAUGUUCCGUGCCUAUUUCGCUGGCCAGAACGACGAUCCAAUAUCAUGCAAAAGAAGCAGAGUUGUUAUCAUUUGACAUUAAUGCAGAAGUCACAGUUUAUAGUAAAGAUGCAGGCAACAGAACUGACUUAUGGGGUGUAGAGAUAAAUGGUAAACGUGGAUAUGCGCCAAAAAAUUUUUUGAGAGAAUAUAAAAUUUUAAAAAAAGAUUUGUCAUUCAAAGUGCCUAUUAAACAAUUAUCUAUUAAUAAUGAUAACUCUGAUAAAAUAAUUCAGCCUAAGGAGGAUAAUGUUAAGUUAAAGUCUAUCAAUGAUGAUACCAAGGCUUCGCAUGCUCAGACCGAUAAUUUGAAUGUAGAGUCUACGAAAGAACUGUCGAAUAAUAUAACUGUUCCAUAUGAAAUUAUAAAUGAAACUACAUUGCAUUUAGAUGAUAAUGAAUCCCUUACGCAAGAAAAUUUUGGAACAGAAGUUGAUCAAACAGUGGAUGUGCCAAAUGUAAACAAUGUAGUUGAUACUUCGGUAGCAAGUUCUAGUAACAAAGAAGUUGAUAAAACUAUUUUUACAGACGAUAAUAAAUUACCAAAAGAAAUUCUGAAUGAUGAAAAGAUUAUUUCUCAGGAAGCUAAUGUUAAAGAUUUUGUGACAAGCUCUGAGAAAAUAUUAAAUUUACCACAAAUAAUUGGAUUAGGAACUCCACUAAAAUCAAUGGAAACAAACGCAAAUAUAAACAGUAAUAAUAUUCAACAAACCACAGAGAAUAACACAAUAGAAGUGAAAAAUGUACAAUCUCCAAAGGAUCUUAAUGAGAAUAAUAACCCAGAAGUACCUACACUUAAUAAUGGUGAAGAAGUAAUUAACAAAGAUGUUUCAGACGGUAACAAUGAUGCUAAAGCAGUUGAAUCAAACAAAAAUAAUAAUAAUGAUUCAAAUGAAAAAGUUGUAAGUAAGGAUACUAAAGUAACUGCAAAAAUUACACAAAAUACAGUUACGAUAAAUGAUGCCACUAAAAUAAAAGAUGUCCAUUCUUUGGAAAAUCCUAAUUUAGUAGAAACAGAACAUAUUAAAUUGGAAAAGACCACUGAAACUUCUGAAAAAAGGUUAAGUAAACCUGAUACAGAUAAACACAAUUCAUCUUUGUUGCAAUCGAAUAUGCAAGACAAAACAGAAGGAACAUUAUUUUCUAAUAAUAUUGAUGAAGUUACAGAUAAACAAAUACUUGACAACAUUCCACAAACUACACUUGACGCAUCAAAUUUAACAGACUAUUCUAAUGUUACUGAAGUUCAACAAAAUUUAAAUACGAAUCCUGAAGAAAAUAGUAAUAUUGUUACCAGUAACAAUGAUGGUUUUAAAGUUCGAAGUAUAUCUCCUGAUACACCAACAGCUUCAACUACUUCACAGAUCAUAGAUGCGAAUCUUAAAGAAAAUGGUAGUAACAGUAUUAUUAACAGUGAAGAUGAAAGUAAAAUUUCUUCUGAUACAGCAACAACUUCGCCUACUUCUCAGGACACAAGUAUGAAUCUUAAAGAAAAUAAUGACGUCAAUACUAAUGAAGAUACCUAUAAAGACAAAGAUAAAAUACCUUCUGAUACACCAACAGCUUCAACUGCUUCUCAGAUCAUAGAUGCGAAUCUUAAAGAAAAUGGUAGUAACAGUAUUAUUAACAGUGAAGAUGAAAGUAAAAUUUCUUCUGAUACAGCAACAACUUCGCCUACUUCUCAGGACACAAGUAUGAAUCUUAAAGAAAAUAAUGACGUCAAUACUAAUGAAGAUACCUAUAAAGACAAAGAUAAAAUACCUUCCGAAACACCAACAGCUUCAACUGCUUCUCAGAUCAUAGAUGCGAAUCUUAAAGAAAAUGGUAGUAACAGUAUUAUUAACAGUGAAGAUGAAAGUAAAAUUUCUUCUGAUACAGCAACAACUUCGCCUACUUCUCAGGACACAAGUAUGAAUCUUAAAGAAAAUAAUGACGUCAAUACUAAUGAAGAUACCUAUAAAGACAAAGAUAAAAUACCUUCUGAUACACCAACAGCUUCAACUGCUUCUCAGAUCAUAGAUGCGAAUCUUAAAGAAAAUGGUAGUAACAGUAUCAUUAAUAGUGAAGAUGAAGGUAAAAUCUCUACUAAUACAGUAUCAGUUUUAGCUACUUCUCAGGAUACAAAUAUGAAUCUUAAAGAAAAUAGUAAUGUCAAUAUUGUUACCAGUGAAGGAAAUCGUGAUAAAAAGUUGCAACAGGAUAUAGUGCAAGAUAUGCAAUAUGAACUUGCUGAAGAAAAUAAUAUUUUACAAAAUGAUAUAAAUGUACGCAUUGCAAAUGAUAACAAUGGCUCCCAUUCCAUUGAAGUACCUUCUGCAUUAAAUGAGCUCCAUCCCCCUCAAGGUGAAGAGUCUAAUAAAAAUCCACCAGGAUUACAAUUAGCUAAUGAAGAAAGUGUAAUUAAUGAGUUUGAUAACAGAAAUUUAUUGGAUGCAGACUUGAACGAACAAAUCGAAAAUGACAAUGUGGUGCAAAAUGAAGUUGAAGAUCUCAAGGAUGAAGCUUUAUUUGAACAUAGUGAUGAGACAAAUGACCAGAAUAACGAUUUUUCUGAAAAGUCUGAUACCGAGGAUUUUGCCAUUACAAAAGAAACUACGUUGGAAAAUGUUUUACACGAAGCACAAGAAGCUUCUCCCCCUGACGUUUGUGCAAUUGAUAAUGCUGGAUGUUCCACUGAUGAUAGUACACAAAACUAUUUUAGUAAUUCCGAUGGAACUUCUCAAAAUCAUGAAAAUGUUAUAACGGAAGGAAUAAAAGUCGAAAACAGUUACUGGUUGACGUUGAUGUAUUUAAGUGUUACCGUGACAGCAACACUUAUAUUUUCUUUGGGGUACUAUUACAUCGAGAAUAUGAGGAGAGAUCGACAACUGAUAGCUAAAAUUAAUAAACUUGAAAAAGAUCUACUAAUUUCAUUAAAGGAAUGCACGAUGUUGAAUGAAAAUUUAAAGACAACAAAAGAUAAGUUGAUUUCCAUUGAAGAUGAAUCAUUUGGAUCCAAUGAAAUGGUAUCUUCAUUAAAGGCUGACUUAGAAGCUAUGCGGAAUUCGAAAGCAGAACUAGAAGAACAUGUUGCUAUGGUAGAAAAAGAUUUAGAAAGUGCUACUGAGGCAGGAUUAGAAUUAGAACGAAUGCUGCGAGAAGUUCUUUCAUCAGAUAAUGAAGUUAACCCAUUAGCUCAGUCAGUGGAAAAUCUACAAACAAGAUUGAAUGCUCAACAAGCUGCAAAUGAAUCCUUAACGAAUGCCCUAAAUCUUAAAACUCAAGAGCUUGAAUUUGAUAAACUUGAGAACGAAUCUUUAUCAACAGAACUUGCAUCUUUUAAGAAAAAAUACGAAGAACUUGAAGUUGAGCUUGUUCGAGUAACGGAAAAUCUGUCGCUUGAAAUUAAGAGUAAAAAUAGUAUAGAGCAAACGUUGUCUGAUAAGGUACAGCAAUUAGAAAUGCAAAUCAAAGAAAUUUCUACUGAAAAAGUAGCCUUACAGAAAGAGUUGAAAGGUAAAGAAGUAGAAACAAAAGACCUUCUGGACGUUAUAAAUCGACUGAAUUCUAAUAGCUUGGAUUUGGAUAAGUUAUAUGAUGUAUCUCACAUUAAAGCAGAAGCAAUUACUUUACUCGAAGAACGAAAUGAAUUACAAAUACAACUAACCGAGAUCGAGGGUGCUCACAGUUUACUAGAAGAACAUGUGAAAGUUAUCAAAGAAGAGGUUGCUACUUUGAGCGAACAAUGCAAGGUGGCAGAAAAGGAGAAAAAAGAUGCGGAAACGCGACUCGAAGUACUGUCAAAUUUUUUUCAAGAAAAGGAAGCCCAAAGACAAAAGGAAGAAGCUAUUUGGUUGCAACAGCAGGGUGAAGUUGUAUCCACUGUAGAAAGAAUACAAACGAUGCAAAAUGAAAUACAAAACUAUAAACAACAAAUAGAAAUGUUGAAACGUGAAAUAUUGGAUCAGGAGAGGGAAUAUAAAAAUCAAAUUUCUCUUCUUGAAACCAAAGCACACGAACAAUGGGUGGUAGCGCGUCAAGUUGAGCGUCGUUUAGAAGAAUCCAAAGUUGAAGCGGGACAAUUGCGUAACCGGCUAACCCUAAUAGAAAAGAAUAUUAACGAAGCGGACUCUGAAGCAAAAUUACAACGCCUGGAAGCGAACAGGGAAAUGGCAACGUCGCCUCCAUUAUUCAUGGGAGCAGAGUCAUCCAACUCUAUAAUGUUUUCUGGUUCUUCGAGUGUUCCCCCUCCGCCGCCACCUUCCUAUUUACAUUCACGUUUCCCUCCGUAUUUACCACCUUUGCCACCCAUUGCGUCUGGUGUACCGCCGUACAAAGUUGGCGAACGACCACCGCCAUUGGGUGGCCGGUUAUCCUCGCCACCGCCUAUGCCUCUGCACCCUCCUGCUUCCAGUAGGUACGACAAUGCGGGUUGUCCACCACCGAUGUCUCCACACUUAUUCCCACCGUUUAAUCAUAGAUCAUCUCCACCUCCGUUCAGUAGCGUUCAUAUUCGUCCACCUCCUCCACCUCCUGGCUCGAUAUUGCCGCCAUCAUGGAGGGGUGAAUCACUGCCGCCUCCACACAAUUUCGGUAUUCAUCCGCCGCAGCGAGAACGAGUACGAAAUCACAAAGGUUCCUUGUAUUCUUCAGGAGAGUCGUUGGACGAGACACAUCAUACCAACAAAGAUUAAUUCUUUUAUUUUGUUACAAACCAUCAUCGUGCAUACAUCAAAUUUGUCACUGUAGUAAUGAAAUUCUCAAUUAUAAAAACCAUCGAUAAAUAAUUAACAGUGAUGCAGAGUAUAUUAAUGCUAGUAGGAAAACCAGCAAUUAUCUUUUGGUGAAAUAGGAGUCGUGCAUUUUGAGAUAGUAUUUAUCAAAUGUGAUAAAUGCAUACUUAGUUUGCUAAUACAAAUACGUCUAUCAAAUGUCACCACUGUUACAUAAAAGAAAAAGAAAAACGAAUUGUAAAAAUGUUUCUUUAUAUAGUUAUAUAUAAAUUUUUUUGUUCAAGUGUAAAACUAAUAUGUAUAUGUCUUCGUAAAUCAUUCAAA